UAUAUCGCGGACCGUCGGAUAGCCGGGAUAACAUAACCUCAAAAUAUUUCUGCUCGAUUCACCAGCUGAAAAUGAUAAUAUAUUUAAAAUGAUACUUAGAUUCUUUUGGUUUUAACUUUAAUGGUCACUACUAAACCUAUAUUUGUACUGAUCAAGUGAAAUUACGAAAAUGUUUGCCACUAAUGUGAAUAUUCGAGUUGUCAAUUCAGUGCUCCGAAAUUACGCGAGAGGAAUUCAAUCUAAUGAUUCACUUUUAGAUGGUUGUAGUAACGUUAGAAAUAGAAAUCCAAGGAAUCUGGAGCUCUUGAGGAUUGCCAGGAAACCCGUAGGAUGGACCCUGGAGAAACCAGGUCGACAAUAUUGGCACAGAUUGGUGCUUACAAAAUCUUCUCGGUAUGUAACUUUAGAAGUUCAUCACUUUGAAAAUGGGCCAGUCAUUUCUGCAUCGACAAAAGAAUGGGCUCUGAAGAAACAACUUUACAAGCCCUCCGACAGUGCAGCCUACAUCAAUUUGGGAAGACUAAUGGCACAGCGUUGUCUCGAAAGUGGAAUAACAUCAGUGGUGCCUGUGCCUAAUGAGAACAAAAAUAACAAGAUAAAUUUGUUGCUAAAUGAGCUGAAAAAUUCCGGCAUGAUUCUCCGAGAACCAAUAACAUUUUCAACUCCUGCACCCUGGAACAAAGGCGACCAAGCUAAGCCCUGGGAAAUUCCUCUCUAAUUUUCAGAUCGCCUUUCGCAUUUCCGUAAUAUUUAACAAAAUCUUGUCAAUGUAAAAGUUUAUUAAUUAGAAUCGUUUUUCAUGUACAGAAAGAAAUAUAUAAGUACGCAGAUAUA